GUAAAAUUUAUUUGGAGAAGUGUGGAAAACCUGAACUGGCAAAAGCUGCUGAGUGUUUUACACUGGCUGGAUGCUAUGAGCAGGCAGCAGGAGUUUAUGCAAAAGGCAAUUAUUUCGCUGAGUGCUUGUUAGUUUGCACGAAAGGAAAAUGUUUUGACUUGGGUUUGAAAUAUGUUGAGUACUGGAAGCAAUAUGCUGGCAAGGGUAAUACUGCAGGGAAAGAAGCUCCUGAAAUUGACAAAAUUGAGAUGGAGUUCCUGGAGAAUUGUGCAUUUAAUUAUUGUGAGCUCAACGAUAGAGAAUCCAUGAUGAAAUUUGUUAAAGCAUUCCCUUCAAUGGAUACGAAACGCAAAUUUUUGAAGUCUCGGGAGUGUCUUGAUGAGCUGCUGUUGUUAGAAGAAGAAUUAGGAAACUUCACUGAAGCUGCAGAAAUUGCAUGGCUGGAAGGAAAUAUUCUUCGUGAAGCGGAUUUAAUUGGGAAGGCACGGGAUUUUGACAAGGCAUCUUCACUCAUCCUUUUAUAUGUUCUCUCUAACUCCCUAUGGGUGCCAGGAAGUAAAGGUUGGCCUCCAAAGUCAUUCACACAAAAGGAGGAACUUCUGCAAAGGUUAAUCUCAUUUGCGAGGCGUGGCUCCAACUUUCAAGCCAUGUACAUUGUGGUUAAAGUUUUAUCAAAUGAGUCAAGUGACUGGUCUACCGUGAAGCACCUGUUUAUUGCGUCUCAGAAAUGCAAGUGUCUAAUUGCUGAAAUGUUAUGCUGUAGAAAAAUCUUGGAUGUUCAUUUUGAAAGUAAUGCAGCAAAGUAUGAUUGGCAUGAUAUGGAAUCAGUCAAUAUACAAAGUUCAGAAGAACUGAUUUCAUGCAGCCAGGUUAGUAUCAGAACACUGCUUCUGUUUUGGAAUUUGUGGAAGAAGAAUAUCAUUGGUCUUCUUGAUUCUCUUGAUGUCCUUGAUGUUGAAGAAUUCGGAGAAAAUAGGAAUUUUUGUGAUUUCUGCCUAAAUUACUUUGGUGCAAGGCAGCAAUUGAAUGAUCUUAAUGUUACAUAUGUUCUGUUGCAUCCAGCAGCCGAGUGGGUUAAAAAAAUUCACCCAAGUUUCAUCAGACGGAGCAAAAAGAUGGAAUUUAUUGAUUCUCGGCAUUUUAUUUAUGCCGCUCGAAAUCACUGGCAUGCCGAAUUGCUCCUUGUAGGUUUGAAAGUUCUGGAAACUCUGGAAUCCCUCUAUAAGUCGACUGCGACUUCAAUGUCUCUAUUCCAGCAAAGCAUAUGCCUUCUAAAUAUAUAUGAGAUUGCAAAAUUUUUGAACGAGUCCAAGGGCAAACACCUUGAUUCGAAGAGUUUCGAGUGGAGAAUACGGAACUUUUUGAUGCAGUCCUUCAAAUAUUUUGAUAAUGUUUUCCCCCUCGACCCCCGGCAGUCAAUGGUGGAGAAUAUGAUUUCUCUAAGGAGAACCGAGCUUUCCAGUGACUUGCUCGAAGAAUUCGUCCUUCAAGAUACUAACAAUAAAGGUCUUUUGAGCUAUGGACAAAUUGGAAGGACGGUCAUGAUAUUGCUUGCAUCUGGAGGACAUUCUGAAGAUCUAUACAAGAAAAUUGUUGGAAAAAUUCCAACAGAACCAUGGAAAUCAUUCAUGGAAAUUCUCGGCUCCAAGAAAUCAACAGAACGCACGGAAGAAGAACGCACGGAAGAAUCUGUGUCUGUCAAUCCCAUUUGUGAAGGCAAAACUUUGGAGUCUCAUGAAGCUUUUUCGUCAAGCAAUAGUGAUCUUGAGUGUUGUCGAAAGUCUUUAAAUAAUCCAAGUGAAGUUCUGGAUCUUGUAUUUGUUCAGAAAUUUAGUGAAGCUUUACAAGAUACCUUCAAUGCAAAUUGGAUCAGACUAAAUGACUACAUUUCCCCGGGUUGUUUCCUGUAUCUUGUUGAGCGCUUUUUGAUCUUGGCGUCGCAGCGCCGGGGAUCCUUUUUCACCACAAGAUCUUCAUUGGUGGAAUGGCUUAUUUCUGAACAAUCUGAGGUCUUACCCACUUCCAGGCUUGCAAUCAACACGCAGUCUUUGGAAAAUUUUUAUUAUUCCAUUCUUGUGAUGGUGAAACAAUUCAUUUUCGAUAAAGUUGGUACUGUUGAAUGGAUUUCCCGAUCGAAGAUUAGCGUUAAUGCAUACUAUAAGCUAUUUGUUUUGAGAUUGGUUGUUAUCCUGUGCUUAUUGUGUGUGAACUGUGGUAAGUACUAUGAUGUUCUUUACCAAGUGCUCAGUAACAAUGAUGUUAGGAACCAGCUUCCGAAGUACUUCUAUGGCGUUCUUCGACAAGGAAUGAAGCGCAAUUACCUUCAGACAAGUGAAGUUGGAGAAGCUUUUCGAAAUGCUAGUGAUCCUCUUUUGUUUGUCAGCUUGGGUGAGAAUGAUACCAGGAAGUAUUCUAAUGUCAUUCCAGUGCAGCUGGGAACAAACUGCAAUAGAGAAGACAUUAUUGACUCCCUGUUUCCGGCAAGAAUUGGGUCGCAAACUCCUAAUACCACCGUUCCAAAAGUCAUGACUAAUCAAUUCACUACUUCUCCCUCGAAUUAUGGUAAUCAACCAAAGAGUUUGAUAAUGCCACUUUCUGAAGUGACUCCUCUGUCUGAGCAGAUUCUACAAAUGAAUUGGGCCCUAUUUCACGAAAUAUCUGAUUUUUUGAAGCUUAUUAGCAGCAGUGAAAAUGAUGGGACUUUUGCAAAUAUAUCUGUUGUUGUUCAGAAGGUGAAGGAGGAAAUAAAUACGCAUAUAAAUUUCUUGACUGCUGCAAUUACUCUGCCUGCGGGGAAGAAACUUUACGCUGGUGAAGACAUGAUUAAGGAACUGCACCUUAUGCUUCAGGAGCUGAAACAGCUCCAUUCAUUGCUGGAAACGAGUGAUUCAGAAGUAGCAAGCGCUGAGCGACUACUGAAGAGCUUGCUGUCAAGAAAGCCCAAGCUUGAAACUUUACUGAGUCAGUGCAUUGUACCCGAGGAUAACAAUGAUUGUGAGGAAAAAGGCAACACGGUGUGCGGUGAAGUUGAGAAGAUUGAGUUGCCGUCUGCCACCACCAAUGUUGAAAGCAAUAACCAGGUUGCUGAAAGGAAGCAGCCAGGGAAAGGGAAGAAGUCCAAGAAACACAAGGGAAAAGGAAAAAAGAAGUGAAACCAGCAUGCAACAUUAGCAUAGAGAGGAUAGCUUCAGGGCCCUCAUUUUUAUGAUUUUCAAUACUUUUUGUGCAAUCUACGUGCUGUGAAUGUAAAGGAAGGUGAACUGAAUUCUUCUGGUGUGAAAAAUGGAACAGUACAUAUAAGAAACUCUAUGCCUGUGUACUUUGUUUGCA